AAUUGACCGUAUACAACUCAACAUCAAGAACUUCCCGGCUCCCACAAUAUCGCUAACACACAGAUUAACAACUUAACCGUCUGAUUAAUUAGAAAUUAUAAGACUAAAGCUUGAAUGGAAGAUCAAGAAACGAAAAAGAAAAUUCGAGGAACAAUGGCAUGCGAUAACUCGCCUAUGACUUUGGGAAGAUGGGAAGACCUGAGUGCUGACAUAUUGUGGAAGAUUUUAGACUGCUUUGACGACACCUCUGAAUCUGAUGAUUCAUCUUCCGCCAAAGGAAAGGUUAACUGUAGUGCCGUUUGCAAGAAGUGGCGUUCGACGCUGUGUGAUCCUCGGCUUUGGAACACACUUGAUUUGUCGACGAUGAAAUCACACUUCAUCAAAACCCUGGAUAAACCUUAUGUUUAUGUUUGCAGCCGGUCCGAGAUGGCACUGAAUCGUGCCUUGAAGAUUUCUCUAAGUCUCAGCCAGAGGAACAUAACCACGUUGAUUUUUAAUCUCCAGUUAUAUGUUCCCAAUGAUCUCUUCAUCUACACCGCUGAAAGGUACGUUAAGUAUUUGAAACUUGUUCGAGAGAUUUUUCUAAGAAACACUUUUUUGAUCGCGACCAUUGACAAAAACUACUUUUUAGAGAAGUACCUGCCUAACUUCACCGUGUUUCUAACAAAAUUAAUUAUAGCAAAACGGAUUAUAUUAUGAAUACUUUCCGAAGAAGUAGUCUCCAACGGGGGCUUAAUGACUAACUUUAUGUGUUGAUUCGAUCGCAGGUGCCCAAAUC